UUGUAUAUAGGCAAACCUUUAUUUCUGGGAGGAAAUAGGACUAAAGUGUUGCAAGAGGUAUGUUUUUGUUUUGGUUUUUUUUUAUUUGGCACUUUUACAAGCUGUUUAUGACCUAAGGUAACUACUUUUCAUGCUUGGUUGCAGGUAACCAGUAUUCUUGGUCCCAUACCUCGGAGUCCAUUCCAUACUGGAAAAUUUUUGAAGAUUUGUCACAGUUUAUAGGUCACCACAAAUCAGGUAAAUUCAAGUUUAAGAUGAUUCAAAUGUAAUCAAGUUAUCUCAAACUUUUUGGUAAUCCUUACUUAGUCCUCAACAUCGUUUAAAUAGUCUCUGCAACUAUUUCAUAAAUCCAGGUACACAACUUAAAUAAACAAUUGAUUUAACCCUUUAACUCCUAAGAGUGACUAACAUCCAAUUUCUCCACACAACAUCGUCCCUGAAUCAAACAUCAAGGUCAUGAGAAUAAGGGAGAUGAUCGCCCACUAAAGAAGCUCUUGAUUUUUUAACAAAUUCUCCUUGUCAGAGCCUUAGGAAAUGUCUAGAGAGUAGUAUGGAGAAUAUGCAUACUGAUGUUAUGGAGUAAAGGGUUAAGAUACAUCAGCAAAAUAGCAAAAGACGACUUAUCCUUUGUAUGAGGGAGGAACCAGUGGAAAGAGAGCGAUGCUUAGAGGUGGUUCAAGUGAAAAUUAAAAAUAAUUCAUACGUGGGAAAAGAUUCUCUGAAAAAAAACAUCAUGCACAAUGAGAUGUCCAGAAAAAAAAGUAUCCUUUCAUUCACCUUUCCAACUAUUAUUUCUGCUCCCAAAAAAUGAAUCAACAAAAACGUCCAUAAAUACAAUAAAUUUUCAUGGGAAAAAAAUCCCACAUAGAAAAUACUGUAGGAAUCAACACAUGUAGGCUCUUUACUCACUUAAGACUUUUUUUUCAUUGCUUUUAGAGGACAAUCACCUGAAAUGUGUGAGUAAUGUGAUGUUAAAGCUCCAUAAUUCAAGGAAUUUCUCUUUUGCACGUUUCUUAGUUGGCUUGCUGAAGUAUAAACCAGGUAAGUAUACGGAAUUAUCAUAGUUUGUGUAACUUUUACUUGAAACACUUUGUUUGUUACAGUCGUUAUCCUGCAAAACAAUGCCAAACGCACUGACACGUGAAAAACAAAAAACCAACCUUUGUUCUUUGCUUUGUAUCACGAUCUCAGGUGAAAGACUUACACCUUAUCAAGCUGCUGCGCAUCCAUUUUUGGCGCCAGAGUGUUCCUUUGCAAAUUUAUUGCCUCAACAAGGAGAUAAGAAAACAGGUUUGUUCUUGCCUUCCAUUGAACUGCAUAAAUGCAAAUUGGCCCUAUGCCGUCGCCAUGAAACGAACUUCUGACAAAGAAAUUUACCUUUCACAUAGGAAUCACCUUUUUUACAGUUUCUCAGACUUCGUCGUUUAUGUAGUGACGACUCUGAUUUUUCUGAAAAAUCAGAGGCAACGUGCUAGUUUUUCGAUAAACGUGGCUAUCCUGUUUCUGUCGUUCAAGCGGGCCACCGCCGUGCCCAACAAAUUGAUGGACAUUCAGCACUACAAACGGUUCAGAAGGAAAAUGCCGAUCGCAUUCCAUUCACUCUCACAUUUCACCCUCACAACCACGCAGUUGAAUCUAUCAUUCUUAAAAACUUUCAAUUACUUCAAAACGAUUCAGAGACUGGUACGAUCUUUUCGCAACCUCCACUAAUUUCAUUCAAACGUGACAGAAACAUUGGUAACUUUUUGAUCAGAAGUUCAUUUCAAACCAGUGACUAACCUGGAACUUUUAAAUGCGCUCGCUCACGAUGCAAAACUUGAAUGAAGCAAGACUUGUUUUCAUCCAACAUCUCCCUGGAAGGUGUAGGGCAGUUAAUUUCAAGUUUGAUUAAGGUAUUGGGAAACCUUUAUCAAUCAAAAUAUAAUAAAAAAUACCUCUGUUACGUUAUUUCCAGAUGCUGGAAGCUGCGCAGACAUUUCGUUUCCUACUGAGUAUAACUUCAAACCAUACGUUGACGAGGAAGUUAAAAGGCAGCAUUUUUCUGGAACUGAACUCUUAAAGAAGGGAACUACUGUAACUGCUUCUUCAUCAAAACACUUUCAGAGCAAACAGGAGAAUGCAACAUCUCUGAGGACUGGAAAUUUACAUUGUUCUCAAAGAGAAAAGGUGACAAUUAAUGAGAAAUCUCGUCGGGAAGACCAGUUGCUUCUAGAAAAUUUUAGUUAUGCCAUGGAAGGUCCUCUUGCCACAGGAUACCCUAAAUCAAUUCACCAACAGAACGAGACGUGUGCCGUUUUUAAAGGAAAUACAUGCACUGAUGAUAUUGAAGAAGAACGUAAACAAGUCUCGGACAGGCUCAUGUCUACUCUCCUGACUCCGACAAAUCUUUCUUUGGGAAAAUUUUCAGAAAAAAAAGAAAAGUGUAAUGAGAAGGAUUAUUUGCCAGCAGGAACUAAUAUUACUUGUCCUACUAAUGAGUUCGAAAGACCUUCGGCGAGAUUCGUGUACAACAAAAGCUCCUGUUUUAAGCGCAAAAGUGAUGUUUUUAACGACACUCAUGUAGAAGACGGAAGCCUCCAAAAGUCUCACGAACUUUCUUUAUUUGGGGUUAAGAACUUUGGAAGCACAAACUUACUUGAGCAUCACAACAGAUUUAAUAUUGCUGGAAAACUAGGAUUUGAUGUGGGCAACUCUUCCUCAGGUGGAGAAACAAAUGCUGCCGCAAGAACUCGUGUCUAUCAUAGGAAAACAAAAUCUAGCAAAGUAGAGAUUGGGUAUACUAAACAUGACAGUGUCGCUGCAGUCCAAAUGGAGGUACAUGUAAAUGAAUCUCCUUGUUAGGCGGCAAAAGCAAUUGUAACAGAUGUGAAUCUUCAAGCGAAGUUUAGAGUGGGAAAGGUUCAUGACGCAUAUUCGCAUUUUGUGGGUGCUUUUUUCUAAAUGCACGUGCGUUUAUUUGGAAGCGAUUUCCGGUUAAUGUCCAUACUCCUUAAUUUAAUAGUUGAUCGACUUUUUCAUGUUCAAUCAAUGACAUGUAGCUAGGUUGUGGAGACCAGUCAAUCAGUUAGGCAGGCAGGAAGGCAGUUGAUCUACAUUUUCAUGUAUCAACCAAUCACAUUUAGCUUGUUUGUGGAGACCAGUUAGUCAGUAGUUCAGUCAGUCAGGCAGGCACGCAGCUGGCCAGGCAGUAAAUUUUUGGGCUUGACAGUCUGGCAAGCAGUCAACUGGUUAGCCAGUUGUUCAGUGCUUCACUCACGCAGGUAUGUGUGAAUUUGAUAGUCAGACAGACAAUGUGUCAGCUAUUCACUCAGUCAGUCAAUCAAUUAGUUUUUCAUUUAAACAGCCUGAAAGGCAGGCAUCCAGCAAACAAAUCAAUCAGUCAGUAAAUCGUCCAGCUACAUGUAGUGUGCCAGAUGGUUACUCGGCUGGUCAGUUGGCUCUCAAGGCACGCCUCCAUCAACGAAAAGAAAAAUCACCAAGAUGCUGGAAUAUUGAUCAAUCAUAACUUAACAAUCAGUUAGUCAGCGAGUGAGUCGGUCGGUCUCCUGGUCAUUCAGUCAGUCAAUGACUCAAUCAGGCUGGCAGUCGGUCAGGUGGUCUUUCAUUCAAUCAGUUUGUCAAUCAGCUUGUCAGCAAGUUGUCUUAAUCUCUUGGUUUUACCAAACAGGAAUCAGAAGAACAAGUAAACAAGGACUCUGGAAAAGCCGCAUUCUCUGGAGCAUAUCAGAAUGAUG